AUGGCAGAAGAAAACUAUGGCGUCGUGCCUCGCGACGAGUUGCAGGAUGCAGCACUAGAGCGCUUCAUGGCCUCCAAGGUCAGCGUCAUUGUGAUUGAGGACAAUCAGCUGAGCGGUCGUGUGGCCAGCUCUAUUCAAGUGGGCAAUUUGAUGCACAAGACAGCGGUCCUUGCUAGCCUGGGCUGCUUGGUAGGCGGUGCCAUGCAUGCGCCGCUCAAGACCGUUCUCUUGCCACUGGGUGGUCUUGGGUUGCUUUGUGGUAUCAGCUACGACCUCGGCUGGCAAGAUGAUCCCAUGGCUGCCUACCAGGUGCUGAAGCGCCCUGAUGCGCCCGAGCUGACUAGCGUGCAGCUGCCGGCCCAUCUCGACGAUUUUACCGUCCUCGUGCGACGCGACGAUAGCGUGCGUCGUGUCCUCCACAACACGCUCAUGCUGGCCGCUGGUGCCUUCCUCUUCUUCCGCUGGCGCCGGAUUUGA